AUGGAACUACAGGGGACUUUUCACUCACUGAAAUUGGAGAACCUCCACAGGUGCACAGUGCAAGUGAAGCUGGAGCUUGGGCACCGAGCCCAACUCCGGAAAAAGCCCACCACCGAAGGGUUUACUCACGACUGGAUGGUAUUUGUCCGUGGCCCAGAACAAUGCGACAUCCAGCAUUUUGUGGAGAAGGUGGUCUUUCGGCUACAUGAAAGCUUCCCUAAACCCAAACGUGUGUGCAAGGAGCCUCCUUACAAAGUGGAGGAGUCCGGCUACGCUGGUUUCAUUAUGCCUAUUGAAGUAUACUUCAAAAAUAAGGAGGAGCCGAAGAAAGUUUGCUUCACAUAUGACCUUUUCCUGAAUCUGGAGGGAAACCCACCCGUGAACCACCUCCGCUGUGAGAAACUGACAUUCAACAACCCCACGAAAGAAUUCAGACGCAAACUUAUUAAGGCUGGAGGGGUGAUGGUAAUGCCAGAAGGAGCAGAAACAGUGUCCAGGCCAAGUCCUGACUACCCUAUGUUACCCACAAUACCGCUCUCUGCCUUCUCUGAUCCCAAGAAGACCAAACCAUCCCAUGGGUCAAAGGAUGCAAACAAAGACAGUAGUAAAGCAUCCAAACCACACAAAGUAACCAAGGAGCAUAGAGAGAGGCCAAGGAAAGACUCGGAGAGUAAAAACUCCUCCAAAGACCUUGAACGAGAACAAAGCAAACCUUUGAAAGAUUCCUCCAGGAAACCAGCUGAGAACAAACUGCCUAAGGAGGAGAAAGCACCUCCUAAAGCUGCUUUCAAGGAACCAAAACUGGCCCUGAAGGAGACCAAACUGGAGAACACUUCUCCAAAGGGUGGACCACAGCCAGAGUCAAAAUCUUCCAGCAAGAGGCCCUCUAAUGUGGAAUCACCAAAGCCUAGUGCCAAAAAGCAAAAAAAGAGCAGCUCCAAAGGGGCGAAGAACAUCCCAGGAACUUCUCCCCGAACCUCGUCUUCCUCGUAUCCAGAGAAGAAACAAACCAAGGAGAAGAUAAAUGCCAAAGUGGAGAAAGUAAAAACUGAAAGCGAAGCCAAGGAGAUCAAAAAACCCAUGGAGAUGGAGGAGUCAAAUUCAGAGGAUGAAACUUCUUUUAAAUCCGAGGGGGUGAAGUCUGUCCACUCCAGUCCUUCCAACUCCAGUUCCAGCUCAGAUUCCAGUUCUGACUCGGAUUUUGAACCAUCUCAGAAUCACAGUCAAGGCCCAUUGCGCUCCAUGGUAGAGGAUCUACAGUCAGAGGAAUCGGACGAUGAUGACUCCUCUUCUGAGGAAGAGGCGGCAGUCAAAGCCAACCCAGUCAGUCGGGAUUCCAGAUUGAGUCUUAGCGACAGUGACAGUGACAACAGUGCGGACUCCUGCCUGCCCAGUCGAGAACCUCCUCCCAGUCAGAAACUGCCCCCAGCUAAUAAUAAGGCCUCGGGAAGAAAGAGUCCAGAAUCUUGCAACAAGCCAGAAAAGAUCCUAAAGAAGGGAACAUAUGACAAGGCCUACACUGAUGAAUUGGUGGAACUUCACAGACGGCUGAUGGCGUUACGGGAGCGCAAUGUGCUACAGCAGAUUGUAAAUCUCAUUGAGGAAACUGGGCAUUUUAAUGUUACCAACACAACCUUUGACUUUGACCUUUUCUCCUUGGAUGAAACAACCGUCCGCAAGCUGCAGAGUUAUUUGGAAGCAGUGGCAACAUGACGCUUAGCCUCGGAAGCGGGCUGCUUUUGAAACCAGAAAUCCCAUCUCUUGGUACCAGGAAACAAACCCGUGGAACUCGGCCUUCUUACUCUCAAUUCACCCGAAGCACUGCCUUAGAGAACAGCCAUGCUCUGUGAUGCACAACCUGCUGCACUUUUUUCAAACAAGCACCCGCAUUGCUGAGUCUGUCCUCCCUAGCUUCGUAAACACGCUUGGGCACAGGUACUGAGUAGAGCAAAAGAUGUGCUACUCCCAGCUACACAAAAGUGUGACCUUUUUCUGUUUUAUUUCAAGAAAUUGUGUCUUUAAGAAUACGUUUGCAGCUGUCUCUGAGAGCCGAAGAAAUGUGGACAAUGCUUUCUUGGCUAAAUCCAGGGGCCAACUUACCUGCAGAGUGACUCAAGAGAGUCGGAUUGCACCCAGCUCUGUGAAGAAUUGUUUGUGUGGUGUAAGCAAGAUUGGCUUUUACAAAGCUAGCCAUGUGACUGGCAACAGAGAAUGCUUCCCAAUGGGUCCUGUUGGUCUGUUGCAGAGGAAGUGGGUAGUUACCACUUUUGAUCAUUUGCAAAUUCUAGAGCGGUUUGAUACAGCAUGGUGACUGCAAUCUGAUCCCUGGAAGGCAUUGCUCAAUAUGCAGCGUGCAGGACCUUUUUCUGUGUUUCAGCUUCUCAGAGAGACAGUUUGUGCUCUUUGAAGAGGCCUCCAGAAUCUGCUGUCUCCCGCUGUGGUUUUGAGACUUCUUGUUGAUCCAAGCCCCUAAACAAAGUCUCACUCCUUUCAGUCUGCUUUAACUGUAAUAGGACUACAAAACUGUAAGCUGUAUAUUUUAUAUAUAUAUAUUAUAUAUAUAUAUGUAUGUACUGUAUGUAUAAGAAGGGCCUAGCUGGUCUUAAGAUUUUAAGGGUGUGAUUUUUCUGUUAUGUUUUUUUAAAGGAGGGUGGGGUUAAUAAGAUUUGACUUGUUUGUUUGUUAAAAUGCCUCUUGUGAACAAUUUUUAGUGUAUGAAAGCUGAACAGCGAUCUUCAAAGCAUUUUGUGCUCUGGAAGGGACUUACCUGUCUCACUUUCAUUCUUCAGUGUUUGAAUAACUUUGCCAAAAUAUGUCAUUGGUUCUUGUUCUGCGUUCUCAAGGAUGAAAUUUUCCUACAGUAGCCCCUAUAAUAGUGGCUAUACUCUGGGAAAACCAAAACAAGGGAGUAUUUUAUCUUGGGACACCCCUAGAAAACAAAGGCUUGAAGCGAGUGAAGUCAGGUUUUUCUCUCACCUGUUCGAAAUCGCAAACACUAAUUCUAGUUAAACUAGCAUUGACUUCCAGAUGGAGGUGGGGGAAAUACCUGUCAUGUCUUCAGAAAUACAUUAAACUCUUCUUGCCUAAAGUCAGUAUUUUUAAAGAAAUAACUUUCACUUUUCCAGUCAAGUUGAAGCUUUUGCCAGUUGUAAAUGGGCUGUUGGCAAAGAACUAUGAGGAAAGCAAAGCUCAGAAUAACCUACACAGACAAACAGAACUUCUUAAUCAGUGCCACGGGGAGCUGGAUGAGGUAUAAAAAAAAAAAAGAUCAUUCUAAGACUUCCCCCAUGUGCUGUCCCACUUUUCAACAUGAAAUUGUCGUAGUCCCUUGGUUUUGAUGUUCCCUUUCUUUAUCAUGGAAAUGUUGCAACUAAGAGAUUUAAGUGGCAAUAUAAUGAUAAGCUUGUUUGAGUUGGGUCAUGUUGAUCCUAUUCCUGUUAAUUUUGUCUGUCUGUACCAUCUGUCACAUGUCUUUAUAGAAACGUCACGCUCGUGCCAGGUCUAUCCCGGUACCUGAUGGAGAUCUUACCUGGCUUUUUUCUGACGGACAAUUACAAGCCUGGAUAGAAACUGUGUUACAAGAAUGUGGUAUGGCAAGGUUAAGAGGAGUACCAGGAAAGCAUGAAGCUGUAGUACUGGUCUCAAGCUCUGCAUCUGGAAAUCACACCGCAAUAUGCAAGUUCCCAGGGACGUAGCUUGUUAAUGUUCUGCAGAUCCCUUGUGCUGCUCAGGGCUGAGUGGGGAUAGAAGAGCAGUGUUUGAUCAGACUAUGUUGGAUGGAGAGAGUGGAUUCCAUACCGUUGCAUGCUAGCCAGCCCCACUCCAAAACUUGUUGGGCGUAUGGAUGUGGAUGGAGGUAUUCAAAGCCCCAAACAGCCUCGCUCCAGAGACUCAAGGGUCCUAUGGUGAGUGAGGCCUUCACCUCCCUGAAACUGUAACUGCAACGGUGUGAACUGAGCUGUUUGUAUGAAAAGUCCCCAAGACUCUCUUCUCCCUUGAUCAACUCCCUUCCCUGCUCCCAAAUCCCACUUCUUAAUCAACUUCACUGUAUUGGCCUUGGGAUGACAUAGCUUCCAGACCUAUAGCACAAAGGACCAGAGAGGGGCACGCACGCACUUCCCCAUUGUAUUAAGAACAGAACCUUCAUCAGGAUGCGCCUAGCUGGGCCAAGGAGCUUGUCCCUGAACUGAGCUGUGCCAUGUGGCAGUGCCUAGGGCUCCCCCUGUGGCCACCGUCCUGUCUUGUGCCCGAUUUUUACUUUACUUGUGAAAUGUAACAAGUAUUACUAUUUCAUGGGGAAUCUUCUUUUUAUAAAAGGUAUUUUACAUAUGAAUUUUUUAGACUGUUUAUAAUAAUCUUGGAAAGCUGAAAUGGAAAUGUUCCCCCAACAAUAGUGUUCCUUUGUGUGCACCUGCUGUACUUUGUUUCUCACAAGGACUUUUGCCGGUAUUUUACCAAAUCAUUAGGUUUUUUGGGGUGGUAGUGGUAGGAUUGGGGACCACAUGAGGAAUGCCUCUGCAAACAAGGAAAAAUUGCUUAAAUCGUGGCCCUCCCAACCUUUGUGUCCCCUUUUAGUUACAUAUAAGAAAAGUUCCACUUGUAGAUUCUCUAGUAGGCUGACUGGCAUUCUGAACAUGCCAUGUACAAGUAUUUGUGGAUAAAGUGUUUGUUCUUGUGUCACUCUUGAGAGCAUGGAUGGAUAGUUGUAAAAUAGAAAGGAGAUUUUGAUACUGCUACUGAUAGUACCACUACAAAUCUGUACGACGAUGCAUAGUUACUUGCAUUGUCAAAGCAAAUGCAAUUGUCUGACUGUUUUAGCCAUAAUGAUUUUUCCAAGGAAAAUUGACAAAACAGUAGUUUACUCUAAAUGUCCUUCAGCUUGCUACUAAGGGCAUAUACAAGUAAUGAUUCAUCUGAAGGCUUCUGAGUAACAUGGAUGUGAGAGCAAGACACAGCUUUUCCUUUGUCCUUGGUCUUUGUAUGAAAGGGCAAAAGAGGGGGGCAGGAACACUGUCCAGUUGUCUUGGUCUGAUCUGUAUUAAGCCUGGAGGCUUGGACUACUGGCAUUUACUGUAGAAAUGGACAAAUGUUGCGAGCAGGUCGCAGUGCCGGUUAGGAAGAACAGUGGCCACAACAGUCAUGUAAGACGGGCUGUGAUGUGCCUGAACACACGGAAGUGCAAUGGUUUCCUCACAAGUUCUUCGACUGCUCCCCAAGGUGGGAGCAUCAGAACUAGUAAGGAGCGAUGAUGCAACAAUCUAGGACCGGUUCUUGUCAGAGACCUUUAACUUAUUUUGAUGGUAAAACAUGUAAACUUCCCCUUGUGGAACUUGUCCCAUCAUAUUCUCUGCAUGCAGAGACCUGUGUCAUUGUUGGUUCAGUAAAUUUCAAAUAUAAUGUUGUCCAGCAGCCACUAAUGGCUUGACAUGUACUAUAGCACAGUUGAUGUACUCAAAAGAAGCUUCCUUUAUCAUUUCAGGUGCCUGGCACUUGCUAGUUGACAUUUUGAAGGGUCAAAACUAGACACAACCAUUGUGCACCUUGUAAUGGUUAUUACUUUUAAAGAUAAAUUGAAAUCAGAUGGGUAUUGCUUUCAUGAGGCAUGAAAUAGCCAUCAAGAACUAAAGAGAUGAGUUUGCACUCCUAAAAGUGUAUAAGUACUUCAGCUUCUAGAUUUUUUUUUAAUUGUAUUUGCCUUGAAACUCGAGGUAUUAAAUACCUUGUCAUUUGAGGAUAUGAAAGGUUGUACUGGGAAAUGAAGUCUUCACGCAACUAUAAGAAAUUCAUCUGGCCCCCAAGAUUAAAAGAGAGAAGAAUAAUGUUUGUAAUAAGUUACAGGAUUGUUUCUGUCCUGAAUUUUAAACUUUUUGUUAAAUUUGUGGAAUUAUGGAGGAGUUUUCUAGAAAAACGUGAAUAAAGUAAGAUGGAAAGUAAAUCUGAUGGGGUAUGUUGUUUC